AUUAAGCAAAGUUAAAAACUCUAUUAACCCCUCUUCACAUUUUUCUUAUAUUUAUCCCCAAAGCCCUUUUUCUCUCGCAAAAUUCCAAUAACCAUUCUCUCUCUAAAAACCGAUUCCUCCCCUUUCUCACUCUAAACGGUUUCAACAAACCCCACAACGAUGUCGUCCACCGCCCCUCCCGUCCUCCCAAUCUCCAGCCACCAAUUAUCCACUCAAACAACCACCGCGCCUACAGUCGCAUCGGCGGUUUCCGGGCCGGAGUCCGCCUCCUCCACCGCUGCUCUCCGCUCCUUCAUCGGCCGCCUGACGGACUCCCUCCGCCACGGCCUAGACCAACGCCGUCCGUGGGCGGAGCUCGUGGAUCGCACCGCCUUCUCCAAGCCGGAGUCAUUCUCCGAUGCCACCGUCCGUGUCCGCAAGAACUACUCGUACUUUCGCGUCAACUACUAUGCCGUCGUGGCGGUGAUUCUCGCUGUCUCGCUCCUCACGAAUCCGUUCUCACUCGUCGUCCUCGUCGGCCUCCUCGCCGCAUGGACCUUCCUCUACCUCUUCCGUCCCUCCGAUCAACCCGUUGUGCUCUUCGGACGCACUUUCUCGGACUUCGAGACGCUCGCGAUGCUCUCUGCAUUAACUGUCUUCUCUGUGUUCCUCACCAGUGUUGGAUCUGUCAUCAUCUCCGCGCUCAUGGUCGGCGUCACCGUCGUGUGCCUCCACGGUGCGUUCCGUCAACCAGAGGAUCUGUUCCUUGACGAGCAGGAGCCAUCGCAGGCCACCGGUUUCCUCUCAUUCCUUCGCGGUGCAGCCGCCAACGCCGCCGUCGCUUCCGCCACCUCCGCAGUGCCUUCCCGCGUUUAAACACGGUAAUGGUGUGUGUAGCUUGAUUUCUGAUCCGUAGAGAUUCGGAGAUCUGGAAGCUGAAUCUGUGCUGAGGAAAAAUAUGAUUCAAUUUUUUGUUUUUAAUUUUUUUUCAAAUUACUUUUAUGUGUAUUAAUUGACAGAUUUGAAUACAAUAGGGUGAAUAUGCUUAAAUAUGUAUGGAUCUUUUGUUUAA